UUCAAAAUGAACACAAGGAAAUUGUUUUUAGUUACUGGAAAAAUGCUCAUUUCCUCUGGAAUCCUAAGCCUCAUUUUGGGGACGAUUGCCUUUUUUCCUGUUUUUUCUUAUAAACCAGGGUUUGUUGGAUGGAGCGUUCGCAUUGCUUCUCCCAUCUGGAGCGGAUCUUUGGCUGUUAUUGCAGGUGUCCUUAUUACUCUGGCUGAGAAACAGCGGACCUCAAGAUACCUGUGGGAGGCUGCUUUUGCCCUUGGCAUCUUCAAUGUCAUCAGCUCUCCUGUUCAAGGCACUAUCGCCAUGGCAUCUCUCCUUCUGGGCCCCUACUGCUAUUAUUCUUUUGCUGGGGUUUCAGGUACAAACUAUCUCAGUUAUGCCAUUUCAUCGGUUUUUCCUUAUGGCAAGUUUGCAUCUUCGUGCAAAGAUCCAUUACAUUAUGAGUGGUAUCACCUGGUGCUGCAAAUGCUAGACUUCAUCUCUGGCCUUGUCAUUCUAAGUGCAUCUUUGACAACUGUGGUCAAGCUCACAGCAAGACUCUUCCAGCUGGGACAUUUAAACCCAUUCAUGAAUUGCACCUCUGAAGAGCCUCUGUUUGAUGGAUUUAUGCAUGCAAGAAGUGAACCAGAGACAGGAAAGAUCUGAAAAGCUUCACAUGUGCAGGGAGCACAGGAAUCAGGACUCCUGGUUAUAAUGAAAUAAUCUUGAGAUUACUUUACAAGUCUACUAGCACCUUUGUGGAUGCUGCCGCACUUCCAAGGGAAUUCGUCUCCUGCAACUCUUUUUAGCUUUCCAUGCAGGUAUCAACAGUUCUAGCACAGCAAACUAAAUUUGCAGACAAGAUAUGUGAGUGAAAGUUAUAAAUCAAUGAUGUUCAACUACUGUGUUGGGUGAAGUGAUGCACCUGGCAUUUCAAAGUUCUUCUAAGGUCUGAAUACCAAAGAAGUCAGGCAGGGCUUGGUUAGGAUCAUAACAAAAUCUAAUUUUAAUUUUAAAUUUCAUGAAACACAGUUCAAAAGUUUAUUCUUAAUAGGUUUAAUAUUUCCCUCUGUUGCCAUAUUCAAAAUAAUAACCUAGCCCCAUGAAGAUUUUAAAGUGGUUGUGUAUUCCGCGUUUGAUCUGUGGCCUGAGGUACUUCUUUUGAGUAAUAAUGAAUCUAGAAUCCAAAAACCAGACCCAAAAUAUAUGUUACAUUUGUGUGUGCCUUGCUAUAUGUGGAGAAUAUUUAUGGCCUGAUUUGACAAACUCAUUAAUAUAUAAUGUGAUUUCUUUAGAUAGGACUUAGCAGACAGGCAAACCCCUCCUUUUUAACACAGAUGAUGUUAUCUAGUUUGGUAAUGAAACAUCUGCAAGAAAACCACCAAGUUCAAAAUGCACCUAUAUUUUUUUAUAUAUAUAUAUUUAAUUUUUUAACACAAACAAACAUAAAAAUCUCAUCAAUCCAGUUACAAUGUGUUGGUGGGAUGUUAACAUAUCUUCUUGUGCAAUUUCAAAAUAAACGUUUCUUUCAUUCAUCUGUCUUACAUUGUCCAGGUCUCUUACUCAAUUAAUUUUUAAUUAAACAAUGGUAUUUUAUCUAGUAACAUUAUUCAUUCCAUUCUCCUAAAUUAGUUUAAUUCAGAUUACUUCUCUUGAACUUAACCUUUUCCAACUCUUUUCUAGCAUA